UUUAGGAAUGUUUUAAAGAUAAACAGUGGUAAAAUAUAUGGUGGUAAACAUCCUCCUGACGCAUGAAUUGUGAGUUUAAAACAGACGUAAUUAUUUGCUUUGCGCGUAUUCAUAAUGAGUGAAAGUAAUUCGCUUGUGCUUAAUACUAGUAAUAUGCAGAAGGUUCGCCACUGUAAUAAAUAUGAUGGAAAGAUUGCGGGUUUAUACGACUUGGGAGAUGCAAUAGGACGCGGCCAUUUUGCAGUUGUUAAACUGGCAAGGCACGUAUUUACUGGUGAGAAAGUAGCCGUUAAAGUAAUCGACAAAACAAAACUAGACGAAGUGUCUCGUGCUCACCUGUACCAAGAGGUGAGAUGUAUGAAAUUAGUACAACAUCCUAAUGUAGUAAGACUUUAUGAAGUCAUAGACACGCAAACAAAACUUUACUUAAUACUAGAGCUAGGAGAUGGGGGGGACAUGUAUGAUUAUAUUAUGAAAAAUGACAAAGGAGUAGAUGAGGAUACGGCAAGGAAAUUUUUCCAGCAGAUUGUUCAUGCUAUAUCUUAUUGCCAUCGACUUCACGUAGUGCAUCGUGAUUUAAAGCCAGAAAAUGUAAUUUUUUUUGAGAAAUUGGGGAUGGUGAAAUUAACAGACUUUGGCUUUAGUAACAGAUAUUACCCUGGACAGAAGCUAGAAACAUCCUGUGGAUCUUUAGCAUAUUCUGCACCAGAAAUUUUAUUAGGUGAUAUGUAUGAUGCACCUAAAGUUGAUGUGUGGAGCUUGGGUGUAAUUCUGUACAUGUUGGUGUGUGGCUAUGCUCCCUUCCAGGAAGUCAAUGAUAGUGAGACACUGACGAUGAUAAUGGAUUGUAAAUACACAAUACCAAGCCAUGUGUCCAAAGGAUGCAGAAAUUUAAUAGCAAGUAUGUUGGUGCGAGAUCCUGAACAGCGGGCUGCAUUAGAAGAGAUUGCUAACAAUAGUUGGUUUACUUCUGAGGAUCUCAUACAGCCAGCUGACUAUCUACCCUUAAUUUCUCGUGAACACCUCUCCGAAGAGGAUCAUGCAUACAUCAUCCAAAAGUUAGUAAAGGGCAAUAUUGCUACAAAGGAGGAGAUCCUAGAAGCAUUACAAAAGAAUGAAUACAACCACAUCACUGCCACAUACUUUUUGUUGGCGGAGAGAAAAUUACGGGGGCAGCGACAAGAGAAGGCCCAGAAGAUAAGCAGAAGUUCUAGAGUUGAUCUGUCACCAUUAGCCAUAACAUCAAAAAUUGCGAGUGAUUAUUCACCAUCUCAGGAAAAAUGUGAUCCUGUGCUUCAGAAUUUAAUAUCACCUCGAGUGAUAGUGAAACCACAGGAUUCAAAUAACUUCCUUGAUCAUUCAAACUUCUCAUCUACUGUUUCUCAGAAUGGUCAGUCCUAUCUGUCAAAAGCACGUAAGUGUAGUGUGGUGCGUGAAGAGGAUGAUAGUGGUAGCUCAGUAAAGUUGUCAUCUGCUGAAGUUUCAUCAACCAAUAACAAAGACAAAUUUGACAUUCCUGUACUUCAUGAGUUUGGGUCUCUGGACACUUCUAUUCAAAAAUCAGUUAUGCAACGUCCAAAGUUUCCUCUUCUUUUCCAUAGCAACAGUGUAAAGUCUGCCACAGUAAACCCAAAAAUAUCUCCAGGAAAACAAUCUCCAGUUUUGACAUUUCCAAAUCAGAAGUUUAAAACCCUACCAUCUCCUGCACGAGGACUACAUGCUGUGAAAAGUUCUCCCCAGUUGCUUCUAAGUGAAAUAGAUGAAGAAGUGGCAUCAGAUACUGAACCAUCUCCAAAAACUCAUUGUUCCAAACACUCUCGAAAACACCUUUCCAGUGGAAAACACAGUCCUCGCUCUAUGCUGGCACAUGCAGUGUUGCGUCUAAUGGGUCAGAGACAGAAAAUGGGAAGAUCUCGAACAACUAGUUGCAGUAGUUCGGAGGCCAGUGAUGAUGAUGGUGAAGGACUUAAACGGAAGAUGGGGAAAUUAAAGAGUUCAGGAAGACGAGAUAGUAGUGAAGACCGUACAGGUGGGCAGGGUGAAGGGUGUGGAGGAUCAGGGCAGUCUGGGCUUGGAGGAGGAACAUCUCAAGGUAAUAUGAGUGGAGGAGGUGGUGGUCAGAGCUCUAUAAAUAACAAAUCAGAUAAGAAUAACACACACAGUAGUAAAUCACACAAACAGCAAGGUCAAGCAGUAGAAGAUUCCACCCUUACUGUACAACCUUCCCCCAUUAGCAGUACAGUACUUUCAACAGACAGCACUGAUAGCUUAGACCUAGAGCAGUGUCUCACCAGUUCCAUUUCUUGUGAUGAUCUGUGUGUUAAUUUUUCUCCUAACAACCAGCAGAUGACUUCAGAAGCUGCAAAGUUUCAAGAUGAGUCUCUGCACACUCAAGAAAAGAAAUCAAUAUUUUCUGUCCAAGAAGAUUCAGACAACUUCCUUCUCAAGGAAACUUUUAAGUUCACUAAUCCCUCCAAUAAAAUUCCUUUCAGUUUAAGCUUAAACAGUGGCUUUACCUUACUUCAACAAAUAGAAAAUCUUCCUUUGUACAACAAAAACAGCAGUAAACUGGGAAAGAAAGAUCAAGGGCAUCGACUAAAAAGCAUAACGCAUGGACUGACACAUCUAGUACAUUCUGCAACUAAGCUUGAUAUCAGCCAAAAUGGCUGGAAGCGUCACGGUCGCUCUAAGAGUGCAACCAGAAUCAUUCAACCUUUUGGAAAUGAACGCCAAGUUGUUGUAAAUGUAAAGUUGGCUUCUAGGUGCUGUACACUGUGUUGAUGGCUAAAUAUCUGUAGUAACCAUGAAGAGGUUAUACUAAUAUAGUUCCCCUUUUUUGGCCCAGAGUAAUAUCACAAUACUUUUGGAGUAUUUAUUGUAUCAAAGAUCAAAAGUGAAGUGUAUCUGUUUUAUAAAACACACAAAUUUCAGUAACCACAAGGAGGAGAGUUUGCACCAGCAGAAAUUUCUCUGGGCCUAUGUAAAUAGAAUAAGUUUUCUGUUGAUCAUUCAUCAGUGUAAUUGUUUGGUAUUAAGAUACUUGUCUACCUUUUCAACCAUGUUAACAUAAGUUUGAUAUUAACUUUUAAUAAUAGAUUUUAUCUUCCAUUUUAAUAUUUGUUCACAAUUUUACAUAACAAGGAAAACAGUUGUACAUUCUUAAAUUUACAUAAAAAACAGACGUGUGAAUACAUACUACAUGUGCAUAACCUCGCUUUGCUAAGCUGUUUAACUUUUUUUUUCAUUGUAAGUUGGUAUGUAUGAGGCCUUUAUUUGCACCACCUUAUUUUUUUAGUUUUACAAUUGUUUUAAUGCUUCCAUGUCUAGUUAGAAGAUUACUCCCCCUACACAUUUGAGAUUUUAAAACAGUGUUCAUACCUUUGUUAUAUAGUAAAGUACAAAACAUUUCUUCCACGCUUUUAACUAAAAGCAUAUACAAGGUUUGAAAUUGGCAUUUUUAUUUUGCAAUUACUGUUGGUCUGGUUAUUUGGAAACUUUGCAGGAUCUUAACCAUAUUACUAUUUUGCCUAGAAAUACAUCUUAAAAACACAAAUCACAGAAACAGUGUAACAAAAUUCUAAGAAGAAAUCGAUGAAAACUCUGAAAUGACACAAAAAAAUAAAGCAGGAAUUGUUUGAAACUGCAACUUAUUGUUGUCCUAUUCCAGAUGACAUUUACUUGCUCAUAAUUUGAAUUGCAUAUUUCCAACACUUAUAAUGAGUAUAUUGCUCUGCAAGUGCUUUUAAAAUUUUUAAAAGACUGUGCAAGUUUACUUGUGAGAAAUCCUUGACUUAAAGUCUGAAAAACAAAAAAUACUAACAUUUAAGACAAAGUAAUUUUCUCAAUGUUAUUAAUCAAAUUGUAUGAUGUUUGUUAAACUUUGUCAGUACUCUCAGCCUGCAGAGAUUGUACAUUCAGUGAUUAUUUACUGUUAAAACCCAGCUAAUGGAUUGUACCAAUAUGGAGAUUAUAUUUUGGUAUGUUAGUCUUACUCUUAUCCAAAGGCCUCCAUGUUUGUGAGAUGCUGUGAUAAUGGUAUUCCAAAAUCUGGCUAGUUUUUCAUCUUAGUAAAUAAUAUUUAAUUUUUUAAAGGAAGUUUAAAAAGAUUUGUGUAUCUACAAUUUAAUGUUUUUAUUAUUAUUUAUUGUCCUAUGCAGGUAGCUCUUAAAACAGUUUGUUUGCUGAACCUACUUGUGUAUUGAAUAUUCUUGCUAGACAUUAUGAAAUGAAUUCAACAUGAUUGUUAAACAAUACUUGCUUCCUCUAAGGUUUACCAUUCAAUUUUAUUUUAUAAAGCUGAGCCUUCUUUUGAUAAUGUAAUAAGUUAAGAGUAGUAGUAUUGCUCUUUAAUGUUAUAUGCAGCAUUAUUAUACUUUUAUAUAUGUUUCUGUGGGACAAUGCAACAACUUUUAUUAAAGCAGCACUGGACACUUUCAUACUGUAACACCUCAAAAUAUAAUAAUGAAAAAAAAAGUAUAAAAAAAAACAGUAUCAUAAGGCCCCACACAACUUCUUGUGCUUUUCAUUAACAAACAAAUAGCCCCUGAGCCAAGUCAUUUGAUAUUUUAGUGGACUCUGAAUUUUUACUGAAUGAUUCAGCUUAAUUUCAAGCUCUGAUAUGUCAUCAUGACAAUACAAAAUUCUUGGAAUUUCAGAACAGCAGGGUUAGUUCUCAUCUAGUCAGCUUCAAAUUAAGGGGGUUAAGAAUCACUAUGAAAAUAUUUAUUGUGCAUGUAUUCACAAAACUGCUAACUGAACUUAAGAGGAGCAUUAGACAAGUUUUUAAUUAUUUUUUGUUACAUAAAGCUUUUGGAUCAAGUAUAGAGAAGUUGUUCUCCAACACAUACAGAUGCUUGACUGCAAACUUGUUAUAAAAAUGUGCUUUUUAUAUUGUGAUGCAAGAUGGCUAAAUAUACUUGUUACAGGGACAUAUGCUUUGUAUGAUGUGAUAUGAUGCAAGAUGGCUAAGUAUAGGCAUGUUACACUGUCAUGCAUUUUUUUAUGAUGUGAUUUAUGACAUAUACAUCUUGUAGGGGCACGUACUUGUUAUAUCAUGAUUUAAUAGAUGGCUAAAUAUAGACUUGUUACAGUAACAUUUGCUUUGUACAAUAUGACUUAAAAGAUGGCUAAAUAUACUUGUUACAGUAACAUUUGCUUUGUACAAUAUGACUUAAAAGAUGGCUAAAUAUACUUGUUACAGGAACAUUUGCUUUGCACAAUGUGAUUUAAUAGAUGGCUAGAUAUAGACUUGUUACAGUAACAUUUGCUUUGUACAAUGUGACUUAAAAGACAGCUAAAUAUACUUGUUACAGGAACAUUUGCUUUGUACAAUAUGACUUAAAAGAUGGCUAAAUAUACUUGUUACAGGAACAUUUGCUUUGCACAAUGUGAUUUAAAAGAUGGCUAAAUUGUUACAGAAAUAUUUUCUCUGUAUAAUGUGAUUCAAAAGAUGGCUAAAUAUAGCCUUGUUACAAGGGCAUUUGCUUUUUAUAUGAUUCAAGAGAUGGCUAAAUAUAGACUUGUUAUAGGGAUAUUUGCUUUUAUAUGAUGUGAUUCAAAAGAUAUGUAAGAAUAGCCAUUUUGUAGAGAAAUCUAAGCCUUUGGUGAUAUUGUUAAAGAGAUGUCUAACUAAUAGUGUGUAAGAGACAACCUCUUUAAUCUUCAAAGUAUUAAGUUCUCUGGAGAUAAAAAUUUAUCCAAGAUUGUAAUUUUAAUAAGACCAGUUUUGUCCACAUAUACAUAUUGUAAGAAAUUUGUUAAAUACUUUUUAUCCUAACCUGCAGUGUUGAGAAUAGUUUGAAGUUAAUUUUUGUUAUACUUUCUUCAUUCUGGAAAGCUUGCUUAUUUACAAGUAUUUUGUGUCAUCAUGGGGGAGGGGGAGUAUCCAGUAUUAACCAAAGUAUGUUUAUUUCAUAAUGUUCAAUAGACAAGGUAAUGUGCAGUAACUUGUACUCUAGAUAGAAGUGACUUGUGCCUCUUGUAUACUUUAUUAGUUAUGCUGUUAUCAUGUAGAGUUGAUAAACAACUGCCUAGGGAACAAACCCUUACUGUCACGCAUGCAUUUUUACUGUAGCUAGAGAAUAGAAAAUGUUAACUUAUAUUAUAGAAUGUAGAAAAUGUUGUACAUUGCAUUAAUAUAUUGUUUUGAUGUUUUCUAUGUUUAUUUAUUGAUAUGGUGAGUUGUAAGGCUGCAAUUGAAUAAAAAAAGCUUGCUGAGA